AAUGCCUCCUUAGACCUUCCUUAAACCUGCAAUCAUGGGGAAAGGUUUGUACAUUAGCAAGUCGGUAGGGAUCACUCUGAUUGUUCUUGCUGUUGCAGCCGUGGCCACUAUCAUCGCUUUAUCGGUGGUCUACCACAAUGAGAAGUCCAGAACUGUGGAGAAACCUCAAAUAAACGAGACCGACCAGUGGAAGAGCUACAGGUUACCCGGCACUCUCUCUCCUCAGUACUACAAUAUAACCCUGUGGCCUCGACUUGUGCCGGACGCCAACGGCAUGUACAUCUUCACUGGACAUUCAGGAGUGGCCUUCACAUGUGUGAAAGAAACAGGUCUGAUCCUCAUUCACUCCAACAAACUCAACUACACUCUGACUCCAGAAGGACACCAUGCCAAGCUGACCGGUCUGCAGGGCGCUGAAGCUCCAGCUAUAAAGAAAACAUGGCUUGAAGUGGAAACCCAGUAUCUGGUGAUUCAGCUCAGCGAGACCCUGCAGGUUGGGAAGAUCUACUGGCUCUACAUGGAAUUCCAGGGAGAACUGGCCAAUGACCUUGGAGGAUUUUACAGAAGUGAAUACUUUGAGAAUGGAGUGAAGAAAGUUGUUGCUACUACACAGAUGCAGCCGACCGAUGCGAGGAAAGCUUUCCCAUGCUUUGAUGAGCCGGCGAUGAAGGCCGUCUUCCACAUGACCCUCAUUCACCCACUCGACACAGUGGCUCUAUCUAAUGGCAUGGACAAGGGCACAGAGACGAUCACCCUCAACAACCAACAAGUUCUGCAGACCAAGUUUGAUCCAACUGAAAAGAUGUCCACGUACCUGUUAGCUUUCGUCGUCAGCGACUUUACCUUCAUCAGGUCUCCAGCAGGAGCUGAGGUUUUGAUCAGAAUCUGGGCUCGGAGGGAAGCUAUUGAAGCUGGACAGGGGGAUUAUGCUCUCACCAUCACUGGCAACAUCCUUGAUUUCUUUCAGAACUACUACAACUCAAAAUAUCCACUGUCUAAAUCAGAUCAGAUCGCCCUGCCUGAUUUCAGUGCAGGAGCCAUGGAGAACUGGGGUUUAAUCACUUACAGAGAAACCGCUCUUCUGUACGACCCCAUAAUGUCUUCUAAUGGAGAUAAAGAAUGGGUGACGAUAGUAAUUUCUCAUGAGCUCGCACACAUGUGGUUUGGAAAUCUUGUGACCAUGAAAUGGUGGAACGAUCUGUGGUUGAAUGAAGGCUUUGCUACAUACGCUUCAUAUCUCGGGGCAGAUUAUGCUCAACCCAGUUGGAAUCUUAAAGAUCUGAUGGUGCUGAAGGAGAUUCAUAAAGCUUUUGCAGCCGAUGCUCUGGCAACUUCUCAUCCACUUUCUUCCCUGGAAGAAGACGUCAAAACUCCUGCACAGAUUAGUGCACUCUUUGACACCAUCACCUACAGCAAGGGCGGCGCUGUGUUAAGAAUGCUGUCAGAGUUCUUAUCUGAGCCAGUGUUUGCCAGAGGACUCAGUGCCUAUCUGAAGCAGUUUGCGUACGGGAACACAGUGUACACUGACCUGUGGGGGAAACUUCAGGAGGUGGUCGACGCCGAUCCAGAGGUCAAUCUUCCAGCCACCAUAACUGAAAUCAUGAAUCGCUGGAUUCUCCAGAUGGGCUUCCCAGUGGUCACCAUCGACACCCAAACAGGAAGCAUCACCCAGAAUCACUUCCUGUUGGAUGCAGAUACAAAACCAAGCAGAUCAUCUGCAUACAAUUAUGAGUGGUUCGUGCCCAUCAAGUGGAUGAAGAGUGGAACUGCCAUGGGUCAGCACUGGCUGCUCGAGAAAACAGCUACUCAUGAUCCUAUGAAGACGAACAGUGAUUGGGUUCUGGCCAACGUGAACGUUUCAGGAUUUUACAGGGUUAACUAUGAUCCUCAAAACUGGGAACGUCUUCUCUCACAGUUAUCUACAGAUCAUUCGGACAUACCUGUAAUAAGCAGGGCUCAGAUUGUGGAUGAUGCGUUCAACUUGGCAAGGGCGAAGAUCAUCAGCACAACGGUGGCUCUGAACACCACCAAGUUUCUCUCUGAGGAGAAAGAGUACAUGCCGUGGGAGGCCGCCGUCAAAAACCUCAAUUACUUCUUUCUAAUGUUUGAUCGGUCUGAAGUCUAUGGAGCACUGCAGAAGUACCUGCGGGGCAAAGUUCAACCCCUGGUGGAGUACUUCAGGAACGUCACCUCUGACUGGACGGAGAUUCCAUCAAGUCACACUGACCAAUACAACCAGGUUAAUGCCAUCACACUUGGAUGCACAACAGAGGUAGAAGGACUUGCAGAUUUAACCAAAGCGUGGUUCCGCCAGUGGAUGGAGAAUCCAGACAAGAACCCGAUUCACUCCAAUAUGAAGACAACAGUGUACUGUAAUGCCAUCGCUGCUGGAGGAGCGGCGGAGUGGGAAUUUGGCUGGAAGAUGUACAAGAACAGCAGUAAUGCUGCUGAAGCAGAUAAGCUGAUGUAUGGUUUGUCGUGCACCAAGAAACCCUGGCUUUUGAACAGGUACCUGGAUUAUUCAUUAGACCCGGAUAUGAUACGGAAGCAGGAUGCCACUUACGUAAUUGUAUAUAUUGCUGGAAAUGUAAUUGGUCAGCCGUUAGCGUGGGACUUCAUCAGAGCUAAAUGGAAUUAUAUUCUUAACGAUUAUGGUGGAUCUCUCUCAUUUUCAAGACUCAUUCUUGGGGUCACUAAGAGGUUCUCCACAGAAUUCGAGCUGGAACAGCUACAGCAGUUUAAAGAAGAAAACGUAGCAGCUGGAUUCGGGUCUGCAGCGCAGGCGGUGGAUCAGGCCAUAGAGACCACCAAAGCUAACAUGAAGUGGGUUUCUGAAAACAAGCAGCUGGUGAUGCAGUGGCUAACUGAGAACUCAGCCUGAGAACCUUUUUUAUUUCUUUUAUUAUAUGUGCUGUAUCUAUAUAUUUCAUUAAAAUAAUUAUAUUAACUAAA